CAUAUAUGUAUAUUUUAUAUGGGCCAUAUAAAUAAAUAGGUAUUAAUUUGUGACUUUAUUAUCAUAAUUUUGAAUUGCGGAAAUUAUCGGGAUUCUACUAGGUACUAUAAAUUAUAAUUCUAUAUUAAGAUAGUGGUGUAAAAUUACACUUUUGAAUUACAGUAGGAACGGUGUCGGUAAUUGCCGACCCUCCAGCUAGAUCACUUGCGCUACCAUAAAAAUAAUGUUUAAAAAUGUAAAAAUGUACAUAGCACCAUAAAACACGUAUACAAUAUAUAAUAAUAUGUACGUUGAUGGAUAAAUGCAAAACAAUGAUAAAAUGUUUACACUGGCGAUCAGUUCGCUCGCCCCAGUUCCGCGGAAUGCGAUGACAGCACGCACUGCACCGCGCGGCGCCGCGGGGUGCGCCGGGCUAUCUGCCGUAUCGCGGCGCGCUUAUCAGUGCGCGAUUAGAUACCGGCGCGAGCGCCCGACUCACCUGCCGCCUGCCGCCUGCCGCCUGCUGCCGCCGCACGUGAGCGCCGACAUGACCUGCAAGGACCGCUUGCCGGAGCUGCGCCGCCGCGCGAAGGCGGCGGGCGUGUGCGCGGAGCUUGCGCCCCCCUCCCCCGGCCCCCCCGCCGUUCCCGAGCCCGCCGCUGGCCCGGACCCGCUGCUCGCUGAGAUCUUCGCGGAGGUGGAACAGAUUCGCACAUGGAUAGGCGAGGUGGCGGACAACACGCGGCGCGUGCGCCGCCUGCACGCCGACCCCACCUACCACACCAACAAGGCACUGCAGGAGCAGGUGGACGCGCUGGUGACGGCGUCGAACGCGGCGGGGCUGAAGCUGAGCGGUGCGCUGCGGCAGCUGGCAGCGCGCUGCGAAGCGGCGGGCGGCGCGGGCGGCGCGCGCGGCCGCAUCGCGCGCCUGCAGGCCGCCGCCGCGCGCCGCCACUACGCCGACGCGCUGGCCGACCAUCAGCACGCGCUGCAGCUGCUGCGCGACCACCAGAUGCGGUUGCUGCAGGACCAGAUCCGGCUGACGAAUCUCAGUAUAUCAGACGAAGAAUGUGAACGGUUGCUCGACUCAAACAACAUUGCACUUUUUGUGGAUAAUGUGGAGGCGGAGACGGCGGACGCGCGGCUGGCGCUGCGCGACGCGGAGGCGCGGCGCGAGGAGCUGGCGCGAGUGGAGGCGGCGCUGCGCCACGUGCGCGAUCUGUUCCUGCAGCUCGCGCACCUCGUCGCCGCGCAGCAAGACCAACUGGACAGCGUGGAGUACUUCGCGCUGCAGGCGACGGAACACGUGGAGUGCGGCGGCCAGCAGCUGCUCAAAGGCACAGUCAGCCGUAGAAAAGCUAGAAAGAAAAAAAUAGGUCUUAUAAUCUGCAUUACAUCGGGCUUCCUCAUCGUACUGUUCGUGUUAGUGUACACGUAGCGCGCCGCUACCGGGCCGCGCACGCCGCUGCCGGGCCGCGCACGCCGCUGCCGGGCCGCGCACGCCGCUGCUCUUGUUCUAUUGUCAAUAAACAAAUAAAAUAUACCCUACAUACUGUAAUAUAUUGUCAUUUACUUAAUACUUAGAAUCAUAAUAUUAUUAGCUAGCAAUAAAUAAAAACUAGUCAUAGAAUACAAUAAACUUAUUUGGAUGUGAACUAAAAAUUACUUAAGUAAGUCAUUGUAUUAUUAUUAACUUUCUAUGUAAUGUGGUAUGUACGAACCUACCUUAUAUAAAUUUAAUUUUAACACUUAUAAGUAUAUAAUUGAAUUAAAAAAAAAACUCUUAUUUAAAUAAAUAUACAUUUAAAAACA